UUAAAAAAAAACUCUCAGUAGAAGAUGGAAGUCUUUCUGUAUAAUUCUACUGUUUGUAGAUUAUGUGGAGAAGAAAAUGAUAAUGGAACAUUAUUAUAUUCUAGUGAAGAAAAUAGCCAGAACUUAAGUGAAAUCAUUAAUACCUAUUUACCAAUCAAGGUAUCAGACGACGGACAAUUACCACGGACCAUUUGUCCAGGAUGUACUAUUCAGAUAGAAGCUACUGUAGAAUUUAUAACCUUGAUAAUAAAUGGACAGAAAAUAAUAAGAGAGCUGCAUCAGCGGGAAAAGGAAUAUAAGAAGUCAUUGUUCAAUAAUGCAGUGGCAAGUGAGCCUGAGAUUAUCACCGAGAACAUUGUUUAUGAGAUCAACACCAGCGAUGGCGUCUACCAAGUGGAGCACCCGAUCGCCCUCCAAGUGGCAGGCUUGGAGAAACCCAAACGCAAGCGAGGCCGGCCUCCGAAGAAGCCCAAGUCUCCUGAGGAGUUGGCGCAGGAGGCCACCGCUAGGCAGCAGGUUGAGGAGGCCAAGGUUAGCCAGAAAGAGGAGGAGUUGCAGGGGAAACGGAGGAGGAAGACUCCAACUAGAUUCAAAGAAGCUGUUCAGGGCAAAGAGCUAGAAAGGAUAUUCAAAGAGGAGGGAGUGACAGACGGAGACGAAAGUGAUACAGAAGCUAAACCUGACGCAGACAAGCCGCCCGUGUCCAAGGAACCCGAGGUCAUAGGGCAUAUGGAGGCCUCUGGAGAACUCGUGGUCGUUGUUAAGGGCAAAGGCCGGGGGAGGCCGAAAGGUCGCAUGCGUCCGACGCGCGAGCAGUGCGCCAUCUGCGGCAUGGAGUUCUCGUGCGUCGGCCGCUACAUGUCGCACGUGGCCGCGCACGGGCCCGUGCAGUACCGCUGCGGCUGCGGCCAGACCUUCCCCACCAGACUCAUGUUCACCACGCACCAGAGGACCGCCGCACACGAGGGACAGACGGUCAUCCCGUGCGACACGCAGAAUCCAGAGCACCCUCAAACGUCUCCAAUAAAGACUGAGCAUCCCCCAGAGCCCUCCGAAGAACUGCCCUCAGUAGAGAAACUCGUCAGCAAUGUACAGGACACCACGCUGCCGGCCGCCGUGCCGGACGCCGACACGACGGAAAACGUGGAGAAACCGGACGAGAAACCGGAAGUGGCACCAGAAGCGACGCCGCCAGAGACCGAGGUGGAAGCGGACACGAUCGUGCUCGGCCCGUCCGGCAAGCCCAAGCUCAAGUGUCCGCAGUGCGACAAGAUGUUCAGCAACAAGCAGAGCCGCUCGCUACACAUCAAGGCGGUGCACGAAGGCGCGAAGCCGUACGUGUGCGUAGAGUGCGGAGCAACCUUCGCGUAUCCUCGCUCGCUCGCCCUACACGCACAUUCUCAUCGGAGGGCUCAGCCCACUAAAGGCUUCGCCUGCGAUCUGUGUGGGAAGGUGCUGAACCAUCCGUCAUCCGUGGUAUACCACAAGGAAGCCGAGCACACGGGCCAGCGCUACGUGUGCGGCAAAUGCGGCAAACUGUUCAAACACAAGCAGUUGUUACAGCGGCACCAGCUGGUGCACUCCCAGGCGCGGCCUUACAGCUGCAAGAUCUGUAGCACGUCGUUCAAGACGAAGGCGAAUCUUCUAAACCACGCGUUACUCCAUUCUGGCGUUAAACGGUUCGCGUGUGAGCUGUGCAAGCACCGCUUCGCGCACAAGACCAGCCUCACGCUACACAUGAGGUGGCAUUCAGGCCUAAAACCAUACACCUGUAAAACAUGCGGCAAGAGCUUCAGUCAAAAAGGCAACCUGUCCGAGCACGAACGUAUCCACACGGGCGAGAAACCAUACCAGUGCGCUCAAUGUCCGCGGCGGUUUACUACGUCCUCGCAGCACCGGCUGCACGCGCGUCGCCACCAGGCCGACACCGAGCGGCCGCACGUCUGCAACCACUGCGGGAAGCGGUUCGUGUGCCGCUCGUCGUGGCUGGCGCACAUGAGACGUGAGACCCGCGCGGCGGGCGGGGCGGGCGGGGCGGGCGCGGCGCGGCACCGGUGCGCGGUGUGCGCGCGCGGCUUCGCGGAGCGCGGCGCGCUGCUCAAGCACCAGCGCCGACACACCGGCGAGCGGCCCUUCCGCUGCCCGCUCUGCCCGAGGGCCUUCGCCGACUGCUCCAACCUCAACAAGCACAAGAAGCAAGUGCACAAGCAAGUCAGCCUGCUGGUCGACAAGAACCUCCCGGUGCCGGCCGCGGCCGCCCCCGCCAGCCCGCAGGACGAGCGUGUUAUAUACGUGGCCUACGACGUCGACUCCGGCCCCACCGCCUUCCACAUCGUCGAGUCCGACCAGAUGACGACAAUAGAAAACGACACAGUGCUGAAAGACACCCUGUACUCCGGCUCCUCGCUCCUGCGGCGGCCGGAGCUGCCCGAGCCGGAGCCCGUGGAACAGAUGGAACAGGUGGAACACGUCCUGGAGGAGAUGGAACCUGUGGUGCUGGAGGAGAGCGAACAUAUGCCGGUGUGUUGGCUGAAAGACACCCUGUACUCGGGCUCCUCGCUCCUGCGGCGGCCGGAGCUGCCCGAGCCGGAGCCGGUGGAACAGAUGGAACAGGUGGAACAGGUCCUGGAGGAGAUGGAACCUGUGGUGCUGGAGGAGAGCGAACAUAUGCCGGUCACGGACGAACAAGGAAACCCGCUGCACUUCACAAUGCAGGACGGCACGCGGCUCGCCAUCACUUCCGCCGACGGGAAGUCGCUGCAGGUUAUCACUCAAGAUGGCCAGACGAUACCAGUUGAAAUCAACGGAUUCGCAGAUGAAGAGGAAAUAGAAAACCCGGACACGAUAGUACACCAACUCAACCUGCAGAAGACAGUCGACACCGACGGCGCCUCCCACGUCGCACACUACUUCACCAUCGUCUAAACU